AGCGACCAAGCUGGAGUUAUUUCGUGGGUCGUUUGUUGUAGAUGGCCUGACAGAGUUUAAGUGUAACGUUGUUAACAGUUUCCUGGCGGAAAUUGCAAGAGCACAAGUGAACGUUAGAACACAACGUAGAUUGUGGCAGGUCGUGUGAAGUAAGCUAGUACAUCAAUUCAGUUACAGUUUGCCUGUUUGUUGUCAACUUUCACUUUUGUUGUUAAGUUUUUUUUUAACGUUAUCUGUGGGGACACUUGAUCAGCGGCAACAUUAUGUCAAAUCUCCGCCCUAGACGUUGUCUUAUAGAAAAGGGGUCUAAUGGCUACGGCUUUCAUCUGCACGGUGAGAAAGGGAAAACCGGACAGUUUAUCCGACUUGUAGAACCAGACUCGCCCGCCGCGACCGCGGGUCUUUUCGCCGGGGACCAACUGUCGUUUGUCAAUGGAGUCUUCGUGGCAGGGGAGAGCCACCAGCAGGUUGUUGCCCGGAUACGAGCCACUGUCGGCAGUCUCGAACUGAUCGUGGUAGACGCUGAGACGGCGGACUUACUAAAGAAGAACAACUUGGAGUGCCGUGAAGAGUACGUCACUGAGGGCAUCCCGUUAACGGGUAGCGAUUCGGACCACGGGAAAGAAGCUGAGAACAACAGCGGCUCGAGGCAGUCUACCCCCACACCUGGAGAGAAUGAAAACAUUUCCCUACAGAGUCUGAGUUUGAAGGACUCAAAGGCAGAGCUGCGUCCUCGUCUGUGCUUGGUGAAGAAGGGAGCCACCGGCUUCGGCUUCAACCUGCACAGUGAGAAGUCCAAACCGGGUCAGUACAUUAGGGCUGUGGAUCAAGACUCCCCUGCUGAAAAGGCUGGUCUCAAACCCAAGGACAAGAUCAUACAGGUCAACAGUAUGUCUGUGAUUGACAUGCAGCAUGGUGAGGUGGUGGCUGCCAUUAAAGCCGGGGGAGAUGAGACCAGUCUACUGGUGGUGGAUCCUGAGACUGAUGCUUUCUUCAACAGCUGCAACGUCACUCCUACUGAAGCCCAUCUCACAGGACCUCUCCCUGAACCUGUGUCCAAUGGAGGAGCCCAGGAGCAGCUGGAUAAGACAACAGCAACAUUGAAACCCAAAGAGUCCAUCAGAGCAUCUACAUCCAGCUCCUCCUCUACUGACUCCCUCCUGCCAGCUGCUGCCAGUACCCGUCCUCCAGAGACCGACUUGGCUCCGGCUGAGGAGUCUGAAGCAGGUCUGUCCCUCAGCAUGUCUCUCGCUCAGGCCAAGGAGAAAGCUGAAGCAGGUCUGUCCCUCAGCAUGUCUCUCGCUCAGGCCAAGGAGAAAGCUCGCCAGAAACGGGCAGCCAAGAAAGCCCCAGCUAUGGACUGGAGCAAGAGAAAUGAACUCUUCAGUAACUUGUGAACCACUUAUUUCUCUCUCUUUUGCUCUCUAAACACACACAGAUAAUGUGAAAGCAGUGUUAUAUUUUGUGAUUUUAUGAUUAUCAUUGUGUUAAUUAGGAGCUUUUCAAUUUUCAAAAUAGUUGAAAUUUCAUUUCAUAAAUAAGAGACAGUGAAACAAUUUAAAGAUGGACAAAUCAAUGUAUAGUUCUGGUGUUAUAGAGUAGGAUGAUGAAGAAUAAAGAUAUAGGAUACUGGGAAAAGGAGAACUUACAUAUUGUUUAGAGUAAUUGAUCUAAUGAUGUGAUAUGUCAUAAGGUGAUGUUGAAUGUUCUUGUUAAUCAGAUUUUUUUUGUUGAAUCAUGAGCCAAUAGCAAGUUGGAGCUGACUGUUUUAUGAAGAACUCAAGAUGAAUCAAACUUAUUUAAUGCUUAAAUACUUCUGAAUAAAUUAAUGACAGACAAUCUGUUAUGUCUUUUGCAAUUCCAGGCCAUUGUCUUAGCGUGUAUUACAAGAGAUCUACAGAAAUGUUUAGUUAUUACUUGUUUAGGAGUUACAUCAUUCUAAUGCUGUCCACUGUGUGAUGUUUCAACACUAUUGGGUGGAUUCUUAGAAUUCCAAGUUAAGAGUUUGGAAAGCAUGACAUUCUCUGUUUAAAUGUGAUAGCCAGUCAUGGUCAUUUCCUGGUUGAAGGGACCAAUCGCAUGUGGUUCUACACUUUUUUGAACCCCACCUAAACUUUUUAUUGUAAAGUUGAAACAUUCCUGAGUAAACAAGCUGUUCAAACUGGUGUUCAAUUACCACUGUUGUUAAAGCCAAUGUUUCUUUUGCAAUACAUUUUUUACCAUUGUAAUUCAGAAAUGUUUUUCCUGCCUUUGUCUCAAUGUUUUAAAGAAUGGUGUGAAGAGAUUUUUUUUCUUUUACUAGAUAAGCACAAAUUACAAAAGGAAAUUUUAUUUUGAAGUGAAUUGUCAUAAAGAGAGUAAUCCUUUUUUUUAUAAUUUCCCAGAAUCUGUUGGUUGUAUGCAGUACAGCAUAUGUUUCUACUGUACAUGGCUUCAUUUAGCCAGAGAGAAUGAUUCUAAAUGCACUUUGCACAUUUUGCCCAACAAGUUCAGCCCUAGGAGAAGAUCUGAUGUUAAAAUGGAAAAUGUCUGAUUUGGGCUACCUGUGUAAAUGCAACUUGUUUAAUUUAGCUCUGAUCAAGGCAGUCUGUUGUGCCUUUGACUGCAGAAAUGUAUCAAUGUAAUUCUGUCCACCAGGUAUGAACUCUGAUCUGAUCCUGGACAGCUGUAAGUGUUGGAAACCAUUCAAAGUAGAAGGGCUGAGCAUUAGUUUUGAGGAUUGCCAACUAUAAAAUUGUGUUCAAGCAUGUCUUAUUAAA